GUAGGCGUACUUAUAAGACUAUAUUACAGGAGUUCGAGCGAGAGAGAUGAUGCCGGUUCACGCGUGUUAAGCGAAUCAACAAUCGAGCCGGAAACAAAACUCAGUACUAAGUGCAGUGUACGCACGUGCUUGGGGACAAUUGCCGCUCGCGCCUAUCCUAGUGACAAGAAACUGUGUGCAACAUGGAAGAAGAAAGACUAUCUCACUCAAAACUAUCAAGUUCAUCAGAAGCUUCACCUAUUUGCACAACAUUCUCUUCAGAUACAUGUUACAACGGAUCAGAGAGAAUAUAUGUUAAAAUUUAUUUCUGAUAAUCCAGAAAUUAUUACACACAGCAGCACUAAAGACAAUGAAAGAGCAUUGUGGAAAGAACUGGUGACAAAACUGAACGAUUUGAAACCUGAAAAAUCAAUAGAUAAUUGGAAAAAUUUUUGGCAAAGAUGGCAGGCAAGUGUGAGUUCAAAGCCUGAAAGUAUUUUGACUCCAUUAGAUUGCAAACUCAAAGUUUUUAUAGCUAAAAUCAUGAAUAACUCGGAGACUAUUGAAAGAGAAGACUCAAGAGCUCGCUACACUAUUAAAGAAAUUGAAGAUACCAUAAGGGAUAUUGAAAAAGAAAGAAGUAAACAGCAGCUUCAAAUUGACGAGAAUGACUACAAAAUUGAAAUUUAUAAGAUCAAUAUUAAACGGUUAGAGAAUGAAAACACUGAAAAGCGUAAAAGAAUACAACAAAUUAAUGAUAAGAAAAGGCAUUUACACAAACAAAGAAGAAUAAUUACAGGAAGAGUAGAAAAUGUUUAUGAGUCUUCAAAAUUUAAUACGUUAAAGAAAGAAAUAAAAAAAGAACCCCUUGUAUAAAAUUGAUAGUUUUAGCUUUGUGUUAUAAUAUUGUUUACUCUACAAGUACUUUAAAGUUAAUUAUUAAUUUGUUUAAUCUUAAGCAAGUAUGAUUUUUUUAUAGAGUUAAAUAAAUAAUUCUAUUAUAAUCGUGUACUUUGAAUAAAUUGCAUGAUUAGAAAAAAC